GUGGAUGAUGAAGGUAUGGAAGGACUACCAGAUGGGAUAGCGGAUGAGGUGGAAGAUGAUUUAUUUCAGUUGAUACCUCUGGGGCCAGAUAACCAGGAGCAGGGAGAGCCAGUAGCCAGUCCAUCUGGGCAUAGAACUGCUUUAGCAGAGGAGGAAGAUGCAUGUGUCACAGAGACUCAUCCUACUGCUGGGAGGGUCAUAUGAAUGGAGGAGACAGUGCAUGCCAAAUGGUGGACACAAUUUGGAUUAGGUGAUGGAGAAGAGGUGGAAUUAGACUGUUCUGAUGAUGAAGAUGAUAAUUUAUUCUACCCCUUUGCAUCACGACUGGACUGGCAGGUAGGGUGUUGGGCUGUGCAAGAGGGAAUAGGACACAAAGCAUUUGACAGGUUGUUUGCUAUACCAGGUGUACAUCAACUUAUAUAUUUCCUAUCAAUAUCUUGGCUGAUAUUUUGCAAAUAGGUUAGAGAGUGUUUAGGACUUGCGUAUUACAAUAUCAGAGGACUCCAUCAAACCACAGACAGCAUCCCUCCUCAUGCUAAAUUGCAAUCAACUUACUUGGCC